AUGUCUCUCCGAAGAUUCUCUGGCUGUCUGGGAUCCUCUUACGACGAUUUUCUACACCUGACUAUCGGAGUUUGCACGGAACCUACGGAGGGCUAUCCAAACCACUGGAUUCUCAUGCUCGUCGAUGAUGACACCGAGUACGCAAUAUGUUACCAAUCCUUGGGUGGUCCUACGAAACGCAGACCCUGGGAACUUGUGAUUGAGAGUGGAGAGACCAGAAGCUGGGACGUCGAUCACUUUUACUACGUCUCUGAGAUCCCAGCGCGACAUAAACGAAAGGUGAAUGCUUCGGCGAACAAAACUCCAGGUGGGUUUAGUCAAAGAUGGGUUGUGAGAGUGCUCUGGGAUCUGGAGCUGCAGAAUGUUGUUCCUCGUGGUACGACGAAGAGGAUCGCUCAAGCUGUGCAGGAGGAUCCCUAUGCUGAUGCAUCACCUAUAAUGGAAGAGCACGAGGGUUUCCGGUACCAGAUGUUCGACUGGGUAGAGAAGCAUUGCUUGUCUAGGCUUGGGUCACCUAGACGAUAG